AUGGUGCGCAUCACUCCCACGGCUCUUGCCUCUCUGGCCCUCUUCUUCGGUCUGUCCGCUGCCCACCCAGGCCAUGACGUCGCGGAAGAAGCUGCUGAGCGCGCAGCAUUUAUCAAACGCACCCCUCUGGAGAAGCGAAGCCUGUCCCACUGCUCUGCGACUCUGGAAGCCCGCGGCCAUGCCAAGCGCAGCAUCGACCGCCGCGACGCGAUAGUCCAGAAUCUGCGACGCAGACUCAAUGUUUCUCCUACGGCCCCAAUUCGAGCCCGCGAUCUCGAGUCUGCUCUUGCCACCUCCCAUCUUUCCGAUCUUGUCGGCGUGACCCAGGACUAUGAUCCCGCUCUGCUGUUCACAGGCAACUCGACAUGUGUCCUGGCCGAUGAUACCACCGAGGGUCCUUACUAUGUAUCUGGCGAAUACGUCCGCUCCGACAUCUCUGAAGACCAGGGUGGCGUUCCUCUCUACAUGGACAUCCAGAUUGUCAACUCCAACACCUGUGAGCCCGAGCCUGAGAUCUACAUGGACCUCUGGCACUGCAAUGCGACUGGCGUCUACUCGGGCGUCGAGGCCAGCGGCAACGGCAACAGCGAAGCCGGCAACCUAGACGCGACCUUCCUCCGCGGCAUCCAGAAAUCGGACGAGGACGGCGUCGUCUACUUCCAGUCCGUCUUUCCGGGACACUACACCGGACGCGCCACACACAUUCACGUCCUAACCCACAACGCCGACGGCCUGACCGAGCUCGAGAACGGCACAAUCUCCGACACCUACGACACGCACUCGUCGCACAUCGGCCAGCUCUUCUUCGACCAGGAUCUCAUAACGCAGGUCGAGCUCCUCAGCCCCUACAGCGACAACGCGCAGCAGCUCACCACCAACGCCGAAGACAGUAUUCUCGCUGGCGAGGCGGAGGACAUUGAUCCAUUCAUGGAGUAUGUUCUGCUGGGCGACAGCCUUGCCGAUGGGAUCUUUGCUUGGAUUUCUGUUGCUAUUGAUCCAACUGUCGAUAAGGAGGUUAGUACCGCUGCGUACUAUACCGAGGAUGGGGGCGUUGAGAAUGCGGAUAGUGGUAUGGGCGGUGGUGGUGCUGGAGGGGGUAGUGGUGGCCCCGGCGGCUCGGGUCCAGGUGGAUUCUAGGGCUAGGGAAACUUCCGCGC